UGUCUGUCUGUCUGUCUGUCUCUGCAGUGUCCGCUGAGCUGGCAGAAUAAGUGGGAGGGGCCAGAGGAACCCAUGCAGUACCUGAGGGCCGUGGUGACACGGGCUCUAGCUAUACAGAGUUGGGUGGAGCGUGCAGAAAGACAGGUUCUACUGUCUGAUGCUGUUGAUCUGUCUGAACUCUUCCACCCUGAUACCUUCCUCAACGCCCUGCGACAGGAGACUGCCAGGUCUAUGGGCUGUUCCAUGGACAGUCUGAAGUUUGUGGCAUCAUGGAAGAGUCCCAUAGCAGAGGCUCAACUCCAAGUCAAGGUGGGUGGUCUGCAGUUGGAGGGCUGUAGUUUUGAUGGGGUUCGUCUGUCUGAGAACCAACAUGACUCCCCCAGUGUGUCAGCUGUACCUGCCUGCUACAUGGCCUGGAUAGCACAGUGUUCCAGUGGCAGCUACAGUCCUGAGGAGGUCAUCUCUCUGCCUGUGUACACCAGCUCUGAGCGGGUCAGCGUGGUGACUCACGUCACACUACCUUGUGGAAGAAACCCUGACCAGUGGAUUCAGAAUGGAGCUGCCCUCUUCCUCAAACAGCAGUGAGACAGCUGGGCCAGGGGGCUAGAAGAGGGAGCUGGGCCAGGGGGCUAGAAGAGGGAGCUGGGCCAGGGGGCUAGAAGAGGGAGCUGGGGUAGGGGGCUAGAAG